AUGGAAGCGCUGACGCUGUGGCUUCUCCCCUGGAUAUGCCAGUGCGUGUCGGUGCGGGCCGACUCCAUCAUCCACAUCGGUGCCAUCUUCGAGGAGAACGCAGCCAAGGACGACAGGGUGUUCCAGCUGGCCGUAUCCGACCUGAGCCUCAACGAUGACAUCCUGCAGAGCGAGAAGAUCACCUACUCCAUCAAGGUCAUCGAGGCCAACAAUCCUUUCCAGGCCGUGCAGGAAGCCUGUGACCUCAUGACCCAGGGGAUCUUGGCCUUGGUCACAUCCACCGGUUGUGCGUCUGCCAACGCCCUGCAGUCCCUCACAGACGCGAUGCACAUCCCACACCUCUUUGUCCAGCGCAACCCAGGGGGCUCUCCGCGUACUGCCUGCCAUUUGAACCCCAGCCCUGACGGCGAGGCCUACACGCUGGCCUCCAGACCUCCUGUGCGCCUCAAUGAUGUCAUGCUCAGGCUGGUGACAGAGCUGCGCUGGCAGAAGUUCGUCAUGUUCUACGACAGCGAGUAUGAUAUCCGUGGGCUCCAAAGCUUUCUGGACCAGGCCUCGCGGCUGGGCCUUGAUGUCUCUUUACAAAAGGUGGACAAGAACGUCAGCCACGUGUUCACCAGCCUCUUCACCACGAUGAAGACAGAGGAGCUGAACCGCUACCGGGACACACUGCGCCGCGCCAUCCUGCUGCUGAGCCCGCUGGGGGCACACUCCUUCAUCAACGAGGCCGUGGAGACCAACCUGGCUUCCAAGGACAGCCACUGGGUCUUUGUGAAUGAGGAAAUCAGUGACCCAGAGAUCCUGGAUCUGGUCCACAGCGCCCUUGGCAGGAUGACCGUGGUCCGGCAGAUCUUCCCAUCUGCAAAGGACAACCAGAAAUGCAUGAGGAACAACCACCGCAUCUCUUCCCUGCUCUGCGACCCCCAGGAAGGCUACCUCCAAAUGCUGCAGAUCUCUAACCUCUACCUGUACGACAGUGUCCUGAUGUUGGCCAACGCCUUCCACAGGAAGCUGGAGGACCGGAAGUGGCACAGCAUGGCAAGCCUCAACUGCAUCCGCAAGUCCACCAAGCCGUGGAAUGGAGGGAGGUCCAUGCUGGACACGAUCAAAAAGGGCCACAUCACUGGUCUCACAGGGGUGAUGGAGUUUCGGGAAGACAGAUCGAACCCCUACGUGCAGUUUGAAAUCCUGGGCACGACCUACAGCGAGACCUUUGGCAAAGACAUGCGGAAGCUGGCGACGUGGGACUCGGAGAAGGGCCUGAAUGGCAGCCUGCAGGAGAGGCCCAUGGGCAGUCGCCUCCAAGGACUGACUCUCAAAGUGGUGACUGUCUUGGAAGAGCCUUUUGUGAUGGUGGCUGAGAACAUCCUUGGACAGCCCAAGCGCUACAAAGGGUUCUCCAUCGAUGUCCUGGAUGCACUGGCCAAGGCUCUGGGCUUCAAAUAUGAGAUUUACCAGGCCCCCGAUGGCAGGUAUGGUCACCAGCUCCAUAACACCUCCUGGAACGGGAUGAUCGGGGAGCUCAUCAGCAAGAGAGCGGACCUAGCCAUCUCCGCCAUCACCAUCACCCCAGAGAGGGAGAGUGUGGUGGACUUCAGCAAGCGGUACAUGGACUACUCGGUGGGGAUCCUCAUCAAGAAGCCCGAGGAGAAAAUCAGCAUCUUCUCCCUUUUUGCUCCUUUUGAUUUUGCCGUGUGGGCCUGCAUUGCAGCAGCCAUCCCUGUGGUUGGCGUGCUGAUAUUUGUGUUGAACCGGAUACAGGCCGUGAGGGCUCAGAGUGCUGCCCAGCCCAGGCCAUCUGCUUCUGCCACCUUAAACAGUGCCAUCUGGAUCGUCUACGGAGCCUUCGUACAGCAAGGUGGUGAAUCCUCAGCGAACUCCAUGGCCAUGCGAAUCGUGAUGGGCAGCUGGUGGCUCUUCACCCUCAUUGUGUGCUCCUCCUACACAGCCAAUCUUGCUGCCUUCCUCACAGUGUCCAGGAUGGAUAACCCCAUAAGGACGUUCCAGGACCUGUCCAAACAAGUGGAGAUGUCUUACGGCACCGUCCGGGAUUCUGCUGUGUACGAGUACUUCCGAGCCAAGGGCACCAACCCUCUAGAGCAAGACAGCACAUUUGCUGAGCUCUGGCGGACCAUCAGCAAGAAUGGAGGGGCUGACAACUGCGUGUCCAGCCCUUCAGAAGGCAUCAGGAAGGCAAAGAAGGGGAACUACGCCUUUCUGUGGGAUGUGGCCGUGGUGGAGUACGCAGCCCUGACAGAUGACGACUGCUCCGUGACUGUCACUGGCAACAGCGUUAGCAGCAAGGGCUAUGGGAUCGCCCUGCAGCACGGCAGCCCCUACAGGGACCUCUUCUCUCAGAGGAUCCUGGAGCUUCAGGACACUGGGGACCUGGAUGUGCUCAAGCAGAAGUGGUGGCCGCACACGGGCCGCUGCGACCUUACCAGCCAUGCCAGCGCCCAAGCGGAUGGCAAGUCCCUCAAGCUGCACAGUUUCGCCGGGGUCUUCUGCAUCUUGGCCAUUGGCCUCCUCCUCGCCUGCCUGGUGGCCGCCCUGGAGUUGUGGUGGAACAGCAACCGGUGCCACCAGGAGACCCCCAAAGAGGACAAGGAAGUGAAUCUGGAGCAGGUCCAUCGGCGCAUGAACAGUCUAAUGGACGAAGACAUUGCUCACAAGCAGAUUUCCCCAGCGUCCAUUGAGCUCUCGGCCCUGGAGAUGGGGGGCCUGGCUCCCAGCCAGGCCUUGGAGCCGGCGCGGGAGUAUCAGAACACGCAGCUCUCGGUCAGCACCUUCUUGCCGGAGCAAAGCAGCCACGGCACCAGCCGGACACUCUCGUCAGGGCCCAGCAGCAACCUGCCUCUGCCACUGAGCAGUUCGGCCACCCUGCCCUCCAUGCAGUGCAAACACAGGUCGCCCAACGGGGGGCUGUUCCGCCAGAGCCCCGUGAAGACCCCCAUCCCCAUGUCCUUCCAGCCCGUGCCUGGAGGCGUCCUUCCGGAGGCCCUGGACACCUCCCACGGCACCUCCAUCUGAUCGCACCGCCUGCCCUCCUGCCCACCCAUCCACCCACCCGACCAGCAGAGCUUUUUAAUACCAGAAAACAACAUAAACCACACACACACGUGCACACACACACAGAGACUCUUUCAUUUUUCUUGUAUAUAUGUGUAAAU